GGGUCGUCUGGGGCUGCCAUGUUCUCCCUGCCAUCCCUCCCCUCCUGGCUCCCUGGGCUCCCCUCCCUUGAGUGGGGCUCCUGCCUCUUGGAUGCCCUCCUGCAAGGUGAGCGCCUCCCCCACUCCCAUUCAGCCCCACCCUCCCAGCUCUGGACAGUGCAGGGUGGACCCCAGGUCUCCUGCUGCCCUGCCACCUUGGCUGUCCCCUCCUCUGACCCUGCCCCUCAACACCCCUGCCCCAUGUGCCUGCUGCUUCCCUCCCACCCCGUCAGGCCUUGUUGGGGCCUUUGGAGUCUUGGUGCUGAACAACCUCCUGAAGGUCUACUUCUUCGUGGGCUGUACCAAGGACCCGCAGCAGUGGCCCCAGAAGGAGCGACUGCAGGCCCAAUGGGCCUCACUAGAGAUGGUGCACCUGGCAGGGCUAGCCCUGUUCCUGACCAUCGUGGGGGCCCGUGUGGCUGCCCUAGUAGUGCUUGAGUUCUCCCUCCGGGCUGUGUCCACACUGCUCUCCCUGGGCAAGGGCUCCCAGGGCGCUGAGAGGCUCCAGCUUUACGUGCUGUGCCAGUACUCGCUGGGCUGCGGGCUGACCUGCGGCCUCAGCUUCCUGCAGGCGGGUGCCCCUCACCGCACGCUAAACCUGCUGCUGGGCCUUGGGCUGGCCGCACUGCUGGGCUCAGGGGCCCGGCGCCUCCAGCGCCACGUCUGCCGCCUCUACGAGCUGCACAGCAGCCAGAACUACUGUGGAGUCUGCCUGGGCCUGUUGGCCAAUGCUCACAGCCUCCCCUGGCUUUUGGGCCGUGCCUUGGCCGUGGCCUUUGCUGUGGGUGACCUGGCAGCUGUGGCCCUCAUCAACCAGGACUUCCUGACCACCUCAGAGGCCGUGCGCUUCUGGACACCACUCACCAUCUGCUACACGCUGCUGGUCAUCUACAUGCAGGAGGAGCAGCGACAGCACCCCGGCAUGCAGGGCAUGCAGGGCCAGGUCCAAACGGUGCUGGUGCGCAUGGGCGGACUCUUCGUGCUGCUGCUGACUGUGGGCCGCUGGCUGGACCUCCUGGGCGUCCUCAUCUCCCUGCUGGGCGAGCUGUGGUGUCUGGCAGGCUCCCGCACCCUGCUCGACCUUUGCCAGAUCCAGGAUUUUCCAUUCCAGAGGCCUUCGGUGUCAAUGCCAAGCCAGCCCCAGCCCUCCGAAACUGCCCAGCCACAGAGGUCAGCUCCCUCCUGAUUCACCUUAAGGAGGAUUUGGAGUCUGUUUCAGGCCCACUUGGGCUGACCUGUCCCUUGAUCCUGGGACACUGCCUGAAGGACAAAGUAGCAGGCUUGGCCCCCCAGGGGUGGACACAGGGGACCCCUGCAGGGAGGGCAGGGUUUGGGGAUGGGGGCCUUGGAGAGAGGAACAACGGGGAGUCAUUUGGUUUAAUUCCUCUUUUUCUCAGGGUGGGUAAUGAACACAGCCCCUCGGACCUGCCUUCCUGGGCAGGACUGGGGCAUAGGGGGCACCCUCAGCAUGGCUUCCCCUGUACCAGCCUCCCCUGUCCUCCCCAUAAAUAAUAAAGGUGAUGAUUUUCUCAA